ACCGGUGACUGUUUCGAACACGACUGGAAAGAGAGGAAACAGGCGUGAGAGAUCGCGGCAACGAGGGAACGGGACGGAGAGUGUCGAGUAGGGGUAGAGCGAGCGAGAGAGAUAGAGAAAGAGAGAGCGAGACGUCCAGAGUCGGCCAAUCGAGGGGUGUCGGGGACGAGGUGACGGAUACAGGCGUGAGAGAUCGUGUAACGAGGCGAGAGACAGAGAGAGAAAGAUAGAGAUAGAGAAGGACGGCGUGGAGUGGGAGCGAGAGGGGACGAAAACGAGGAGACGAAAGUGGGGAUGGAUAGGACGGGACGAGGAAGAAGGAUGGCGGGUAACCGGUGGCCGAAGGGAUGAAACGGGGGGGCACGAAGACAGGAGAGAUCAGGGCUGGCGGUGCGAGGGAGACGGACAUCUCGAGGGAGAUAACGCGAGCGGAGUGGGAGAGCUGAAGAGAGAAGGAGUACGAGUUUGGAGGGGAGUAAGAGCAAGCGAGCCAGGGCGAGGCGCAGUCAGACAGUCAGGCAAGCCGCCCGGCAAGCAAGGAAGGCAGACAGGCUAGCAGGCAGCCAGUGCACCAGCCAAGACCACUAGAUCCGCUCGGCUUACCGACUUAGAGACUUAAGCCGGCAGGCAGUCCGAAAGGCUCAACCGGCUAAGCCUGGCGGACCCACCUACUACCGACGCGCGGCCACUACACGUUCCAUCUACUACGAAAACCGGCUACACUACCGCGACCUGCAGCACCCGCUCGCGCUUUCUUACGCUUCCUCUGUCUCUCCCUCUCACUCUCUCUCUCUCUCACUCUCUCUCUCUCUCAGACACACACACACACACGCACGCACGCAUACACGCACACAUACUCUCCAUCCACGCUGUCUGUCUGUCUGUCGUUCCUUAACGCGUGGCCACGUUAAGGUGAGAAGAGCAGCGGGACUAACGGAGCGUAGCCGGCGCGCCACGUUUCCGCUCGCCGAUCGUCCGUCCUCGUGAUGUCACGCCGCUGUCCUCGCGCCGAAUUUUCGCCCACGGCCAACCCGUGAACCCGAGGCACGCAUUUCGCGCGUAGUCCACGAGUCCGUGGAAAUCGUUGGUGUUGGCUCCGGUGGUGAACGAACGAUCCGAUCCGCCCAAGUGUAUAUAACGGUAUAUAUAAAUAUACAUAUAUAUAUAUACGUGUAUAUACGAGAAGGUUUUCGGUGUCGCGUUUUGUCUGUGAUGUCUGCCUGGAUAUAUAACACAUAUACGUAUACGUUGUGAUCGAAGUUGGAAGACGAGGCUGGGAACACAGUGCAGUGAAGGGGUUCGAUGUCCAGUGUCGAGAGUCCAGUUUCGAGGAAAGAGAGGAAAGACCGCGCGACGUCUUUCGUACCUGUUCUUAAAAGAAUCCUUCGUGGAAGAAGGAUCGACGAGUUGUGGGGAGAGGGAGAGAUCGGCAAGUGACAAUCUGGCAAGUAUCCGCGCGAGGAUUUGCAGUACGAUGUGCGGUAGAUACGCGCGCGGCGCAAUUUGACGCCUGUCAAAAGGGGAUUUGAUCGAGGGGAUUGUGCGACCACAAGUGUGCGAUCUAUUUGAAAGAAACCACUUUUCGUUUCUCUGCUCCAAAUCUCCCGCUAUCAUCAUCUUACGAUCACCCUUGCGUAACGAGUGUACACGCGUCGUUUAUCUAUACGAUUAAUCGGUCGUGUGAUCCUCGUGCAAAGGAAACUCAACCUCGCCUCGACCGAUUCUAUGGAAGUAUCGAUCAUCCUCGAUCGACGCGCGCCUCGAUCGUCAUCACGAACUCCUGAAGUCGCAACGAGCCAACGCUCCCCCACCGGCCCAAUCCGACGGGACGACAACUCGUUGUUCGAUCGCCGGCUAAAAGACUAUCCUCCGAUUCGCUAAUAUCCCAUAUGACUAACCUCGUCAAAAAUCGUCGAGUGCAAUCGUCGAUCAAGGAAUCGUGGAUCAACGAUAAUCGAGAGAUUCGCCAUCUCUGACGUUCGCCGCAUCUCGCGGUGGAAGAGGAAGAAGGAAGAAGGAAGACGAUCCGUUGCGGAUCUCGAGCCGACGGCCGUCGCCGUGACGAAAGGGUGCGACGUUGCAUCAAUUGUGGUGCUCGUGGACAAUAAUUGAAUCGACGUGUUCGAUGCGUUCCUGAGGCGAUAGAGACGAGUCCCCAGAGAUCGGUUUGAUCCCGCGGCAAGCGUCCUCGCGACGGGGGGAGGGUGGCGCACGUUGAUCUUGGCUCGCGUUGUACAGAUCAGUCAACACGACGUUAACCUUCUACAGCAUGGAAAGGGGCAGCGGGGGCGGGGGGAGCCUCGAGCUAGCCGGCGGCGGAGGAGGAGGCGGCGGGAACACGGAUCUAUGCCUUCAGGAUCUGGUGACGGGAUCGACGGCCGGCCUGUCGGUCCAGCAUCACCAGCACUCGGCAGCUGCCGCGUCCAUGGCCGGCCUCCACGGCGAUCAUCUUCAAGGAGCGAUGCACCACCACGAGCUGCACGGCAACUCGCACCACGACGCCUCCAUGCUGCACAAUUCGAACCAUCAGUUGCACGAGCCGUUGGAGAAGCUGAAACGUGUAUGGGCACAGGGCGACUUCCGGGACGAGGUGACCGGGGGUUUGGCAAGGCUCGAUUUGACGGGUCACGGAGCUCACACUCCCGGUGGAAGCAACCCCAGCACACCGGGCGCGACACCCACCACACCCUCCGGUGGAUUUUCUACCGCACAACCUAGGUCCCGCACGAACACGACACACAGGCCGGAUAUCCGAAAAGAUGUUGCGACACCGACAGAGGUGAAACACGAAUUGGGAGCCGGUGGAGGGGUUGUCUCCCCUGACGGUGUGGUUGGGGUAAAUAACGCGGACGAUAAGGAUGGAAAGAAGAACAAACGCCAGAGGCGGCAGAGGACGCAUUUCACGUCCCAACAACUUCAAGAGCUCGAGGCUUUGUUCAUGAGGAAUCGGUAUCCAGAUAUGUCGACCAGGGAAGAAAUAGGUCUGUUCACCAAACUUCCAGAACCUCGUGUCAGGGUAUGGUUCAAAAAUAGGCGGGCGAAGUGGCGGAAGCAGACGCGCAACGCGAACACCGCCGCGGACACGGUGGACUUCAAGCCCGGUUUCGGCGCCAGUUUGAACAGCUUCAUCGGCCAGCCGUUCGCAGACCCGGACGCCCUCUACAGCUCGUACAGCCCGUACAACAAUUGGGCGGCCAAGGUGCCCUCGCCGCUGAGCAGCAAAAGCUUCCCCUGGGUGAACACCCUGGGCUCGGUGGUCCCGACGGCGUCGCACCACCACCACCACACCCAGGUCAGCCCCGUGAACUGUUUCAACGCAGCGGCGACGUCCGUCGCCGGGAACCACAUGGGCGGGAUGUCCGUGUCGGUCGGCCAGGCGGCCACCUCCAUGCUGCCCGGGAUGGGUUCCGGGCUGGGGGUGGCCGGUUCGCCGGUCGCGGCGACGGGGGCCGCGUGUCCUUACGCGGCACCAGCCGCGCCUCACCACCCUUACGGGCCGUCCGUGUACACGCCGCACCACAGGACAGCGGCGGCCCCUGAGAGCUGCACCGUGAUGACCUCGAGCAGCAUCGCCUCCCUGCGGCUGAAGGCGAGGCAGCACAGCAGCGGUUACAGCCUGAGCGGGAACUCGUUCGGCAUGGACAGCACCCCGGUGUCGGCGGCGGGCAGCCCCGUCGGGUCGAGGGCCCCGUCCGUGGGCGGCGGCCCCCUGUCGGCGUGCCAAUACGCGCUGACGACGGCCGGCGAGGGGAACCCUCACUCGCCGAGCAGCGCGGAGGCCCACGUGAACGCGACGGCCAGGGCCCAGGUCUGAGGCGAAGCGGGGGCUACGUCUAGCCC